UUCUGUCUGUAACUACUACUAGCAGCAUUAAAAUUGUAGUUUUAGUUGCAUAAGAAAAUUUUGCAAUUAUAUUCGACGUGCAAAAAUUUGCACCUUUACGAGCCCUUUCGGGCUACACCACUGGCCCAUCACCCGAAAGGCUUUGGAUUUUUCCAUGUUUUGACAUAUAAAAUCCUACAAAAAUAGUCCGGUUGAAAUCCCCGGGGAGCGUGAUCGUGUAUCCUUGUUAGAUGUUAACUAAAUACAUGAAAAAUGAUGAGAAAUGUUGCGGCGGUUAAGAACUUCAUAACCUAUUUUUAAAUGCUAAAAUAAGGCUCUCGAAUGUACCUUCGUUGAAAAAUAUAUGUUUGUUAUAUAUAAUUAUCACAACGUCUGCAUUUAUUUGAUCAUUUCUGCUUUCAGUCGUGUGGGUAGUAGAGAUAAUUGACAUCGUUUACUUACUAAUCACAACAAUAAUUGGUUCACAUAACAUGUAAAGAAGCGAUGCACAAGUUUCCCAACCAAAUGCAUUCUAUAACUUAUGAAGUGAUUGGUUUCAAACGAUGAAGGUCUGGAUAGCAGCUGUUGUGGUUAUAAUAAUUAUACCAUUUAGGUUCAGUAAUAGAUUAUUUUUGGAUGAUAUUGAGCAGCAAUUUGAAUCUGUCAGUGAAACCAUUUGUCAGUUACUUCCGGAUAACAUCUACGGGACGUUGCAUUUAGUUAAAAACAUCGACGUUGCCAUGUCUGAUAAUCUGAUAUCUACAAUUGCCUAUAAGUAUAAUCGUCCAGUUGUAAUUCAUACUGGACACAAUGGUAUAGAAGAUGCUGCCAUCAUAAUAAUCAACUCAGAUUCUCUAACAUCGCUAUCAAUAUAUGAUCUUAAACGAAUAAGUUUUCUCUUACUUAUUGUGAACAUGGUUGACCAAAUGGAGAUAGUGCCAACAAUCAUAAGCGAAUUAAGGAACAUCAAUAUUCAUAGAAUCACAAUCGUUUCGUUUGAUAGUACGGAGAGUGCUGCGGUUAACAUUUCAACACUCUUCCGGCACAGGACCAUAAACUGCGAAAACAGUCACAUUUACACCACGUCAUCUUUAUCAAUGAAGGACUCGGAAUCGUUUGCGAAAAACUUGUCUACAGAGCGAUCACACACGGAUUUUCGAGGAUGCAUAAUGGAUAUAGGAAUAGUAACGAUGCCACCUUUCACUUUAAUUGCACAAAACGGCCAUGAACUUUUGUACUCGGGUGUGGAGGUCGAGAUGAUAAGAGUUCUAGCUGAACAUUUCAAUUUCAAAAUACAGUUCAUCCAUCCUCCAAACGGAACGAAGUGGGGGAAUCUUCACGAAAAUGGUAGCACUGGUCUGAUGGCGUUGAUACAGGAAAGUAAAGUAGAUUUUGCAAUUGGUUCAUUAGCACGUACACUCGCUAGAAACACGCUGCUGAAAGGCGGAGUAGGAAGCUUCUAUGAUCAAAUCGUUUUUGGUGUGCCACCAGGAAUUCCAUACAGUCCAUUGCAACAAUUAGCUAGACCCGUGACUACCGAAUGCUGGAUGUUUAUCAUUAUGACGUGUAUUACAGUAUCGAUGUUAUUUUCAGUUGAUGUAGAUGAGCAUCUGUGUAAAAUAAAUUUGAAAAAGUGUAAAAUUUCGUUAACCGACGUUUGGUCCAUACUUUUGGGAGGAGUAAAGCUUCAUCCACCGAGAAAAGUUUUCGGAAGAUAUUUGUUGCUAGGAUGGUUAAUGGUGACAUUGGUUUGCAGAACUGCUUAUCAGGCUAUAUUAUUUGGGCACCUGAGACGUGGAGUAGAAUUCAAGCCCAUCCUCACCCUACAGGAUAUGUUUGAAGCAGGAUUGCAAUAUUAUAUGUACAACAUCUCUCAAAGAUUUUUUACACGAAGCCCACGGAUUAUGAUGAGGUCGGUGAUUGUAAGCGACUUCGUUUCGCUUCAGAAUAUUCUAGCUGACAUUGCUGACAACAAACUGAUGGUAGCGUUUCCGUUGCCAAAGUCUAACAUAGACUAUUUCAAUAAACAACGAUUGUUCAAAUCGAAGGUCCACAUCAAUCGAUAUAUAAUUGAAAAAUACGAAGUAGCAAUACAUUAUCCCCUCGAAUCACGUUUGCCGGCACUGUUCGAUUAUAUGGUGUUGAGGAUACGUGCUGCGGGACUUCAUGAUUGUUGGGUUCGAAGAUAUCGAGGAGUUAUUGUGGACAAUACCGUGGAGCACAAGAAAUUACAACUACAGAAUCUUCUGGGAGCUUUCACCAUCCAUGGAAUACUGUGCGGUCUCAGUUGUAUCAUUUUUCUUAUUGAACUGAAAACAGCCAAGGCAACAUACUUUCUUAAUAUGAAAAUUUAAAAGAACUAGUUGAAUCGAGUAAUAACCGUUUCCUUAUAAUUGUACCUACGAUUCAAUCGAAUGACAGUUGUUUUUCUUGGUGGAAGUUGGCAUUAAGAAUAAAAAUCUAAACACUCAACGUGAAAAUACACAUAUUUAUGGAAUUGACACCAACACGUUA